AUGGAGACUUUUUACCCAAAGAGUGGUGGCUAUGAAGUGGAGAAGUUUGUGGAUACUCCCGAUCAUGAUCUGAUUUGUGUCAUCUGUAAAGCGGUUCUCCGGUGGCCUGUACGACUUACAUGCAAUCAUGUCUUCUGCAAAGAAUGCAUUUUACAGUGGAUGAAACGACAGGUGAGAUGCCCAUGCUGUAGAAAGUCUAUCAACCAGGACCAAAUGCUUGUUUUGUUUAAGCUGAGAAAAUCCAUUGGUCGCUUAUCAAUUAAGUGUCAAAAUCAACAUCAGGGCUGCAGAGCCACAUUCCCACUUUCUGAUGAAUCUCUCCACAUAUCAAACUGUCUGUAUGAGUGGCAGCUCUGCCCACACGAGGGUUGCGGUGAACAGGUGCUGAGGAAAGAUGCCCAGGCUCAUGAUCAAACCUGCAGCCAUUGGCGACAACUGUGUCCCAUGGGCUGCGGCACGCUGCUCUGUCGUGAGAACCAGACCCGACACAACUGCUACAGAGAGCUGCAUCGACGCUAUGUAGAUGAACGGCGGAAACAAAGGGCUGUUGCAACAAACCUGCGCAGGGAGAUGAUUCGCAUGCAGAGCCGCAUGGCUCAAAUGAAAAGGCAGAUAAGUCAGCUGUGUGAAAGCCUACAGGUUGAAGAUCUGGACGUUGAACCGGGGCAGGAAACAAGCACUUGGACCAACAGUGACACCAGCCAUGCCUCCACCAGUCCAAGCAACAGCAGGCAUCAUCACAGUUUAAGAGCUAGACAUACAUAACAGCAUUGAAAUCGCUUGUUUUAUGGAAUACAGUAAUACAUUAAAGUUUUUACUGUAUAUAUACCUGUGCAAGUGUUUAUCUG